GCCGGCCCGCGCCCUCCCCUUCACGCCCGGCGGCGCACUCGCGGGCAGUCCCCGCGCGGGCCGGGCCGGCGUCCCCUCUGCCUCGCUCGCCCGCGUCGCCCCGGACCCCGGGGGAUGCCCCCGUCCGGGCGCUCCCAUGGCCGCCGACGUCUUCAUGUGCUCCCCGCGUCGGCCUAGCGGCCAGAGCCGCCCGGUGCUGCUCAAACCCCCGGUGCCCGAGGACGACGACGACUCCGACACUGAUGAGCCGUCCCCGCCGCCCGCCUCCGGCGCCGCCAACCCGGCCCGGGCCCACGCGAGCGCCGCUCCGCCGCCGCCCUGGGCCGGGCCGGGCCGCGAGGAGCCUCCGCGCCGCCAGCAGAUCAUCCACAGCGGCCACUUCAUGGUGUCGUCGCCGCACCGCGAGCACCCGCCCAAGAAGGGCUACGAUUUCGACACGGUCAACAAGCAGACGUGCCAGACCUACAGCUUCGGGAAGACCAGCUCCUGCCACCUGUCCAUCGACGCCUCGCUCACCAAGCUCUUCGAGUGCAUGACCCUGGCUUAUAGUGGGAAGCUGGUGUCCCCAAAGUGGAAGAAUUUCAAGGGCCUGAAGCUUCAGUGGAGGGACAAGAUCCGGCUCAACAACGCCAUCUGGCGGGCGUGGUACAUCCAGUAUCUGGAGAAGCGCAGCAACCCCGUGUGCCACUUCGUGACCCCGCUGGACGGCUCCGUGGAGGUGGAUGAGCACCGGCGGCCGGAGGCCAUCACCACGGAGGGGAAGUACUGGAAGAGCCGCAUCGAGGUCGUGAUCCGGGAGUACCACAAGUGGAGGACCUACUUCAAGAAGAGGUUGCAGCAGCACAAGGAUGAGGACCUCUCCAGCCUGGCCCAGGAUGACGACAUGCUGUACUGGAGCAAACACGGGGAUGGGUGGAAGACCCCCGUCCCGAUGGAGGAGGACCCGCUGCUGGACACGGAGAUGCUCAUGUCGGAGUUCAGCGACACGCUCUUCUCCACACUGUCGUCACACCCGCCGGUGGCCUGGCCCAACCCCCGGGAGAUAGCGCACCUGGGGAACGCAGACAUGAUCCAGCCGGGGCUCAUCCCGCUGCAGCCCAACCUGGACUUCAUGGACACCUUCGAGCCUUUCCAGGACCUCUUCUCCUCCAGCCGCUCCAUCUUCGGCUCCAUGCUGCCGGCGCCCGCCUCGGCCCCCGCCCCGGACCCCAGCAGCCCGCCUGCUCAGGAGAGCAUCCUGCCCCCCGCCGCCCUCCCCACCGUGAGCCUCCCCGACAGCCUCAUCGCGUCCCCCACCGCUGCCACCUCGCUGGACCCUGCGGACAGGCCGGGCUGCGAAGGCGCCUCCCAGCCCGGGGACCCCUUCCUGCCGCCUACAGACUUUGGGCCCCCCACGGCCCCGCCCGGGGCCCCGCAGCCUUUCCACCCCGUGUUCCCCGUGCCGGUGCUCGCGCCCAGCCCCGGCCCGCCGCCCGCCGCCCCUGCGGUGCCGCUGGUCCCCCCGCCUGCCACGGCCCUGAGCCCCCCGGCCCCACCCGCCUUCCUGCAGCCGCAGAAGUUUGCCGGAGCCGGCAAGCCCCCCGCUGUGGCCACCCACACGGCCUCCGCCACCCUGCCGCAGGGCGCCUCCGCCACCACCUUCAGCGCGAGCCAGGGCCUGGUCAUCACCACGCACCACCCCACGCCCUCGGCGCCCGCCCACGGCCUGACGCUGUCCCCGCUCACCCAGCCGCCGGCCGUCCGGCCUCCCCAACCCCGUUUAACUUUUGCGCACCCCAAACCUGUGUCCUUGACUGGAGGGAGGUCCAAGCAGCCCCCCAAAAUAGUGCCUGCUCCCAAACCGGAGCCCGUGUCCCUGGUCCUGAAGAACGCGUGCAUCACCCAAGCUGCCUUCUCGGGACCGCCGCCCACGGUGAUCAUGACAGGCCCUCUGAAGCGGGAAGGGAUGCUGGCCUCCACCGUGCCCCCGUCCAACGUGGUCAUCACGCCUGCGCCCAUCGCCCGGGCUCCUGGAGUCGCUGAGUUCCACGGCGGCAUCCUGGUGACGGACCUGGGCCACGCCGCCAGCAGCCAGCCCGCCCCCGUCUCCCGGCUCUUCUCCCCUGGCUCCGGGCCGGACGCCCUGGUGAAGGGCGAGCAGGCCCCACUGCGUGGUGGCAGUCCCCAGGUCCCGGUCCCCGCUGCGGUGUCUGGCCGGGAUGGCGGGAGCUCAGGGCAGGCCUCGCCGUGCGCGUCAGAGCACAGCCCUAGCCCCCAGUCCCCCCAGAACAACUGCUCAGGGAAGUGCUCUGUGGACCCCAAGAACUCGACCGUGCUGAAGAGCCGGCAGAUGAAGCACAUCUCGGCCGAGCAGAAGCGGCGCUUCAACAUCAAGAUGGGGUUCAACACCCUCAAUGGCCUCAUCUCCAACAACUCCAAGCUGACCAGCCACGCCAUCACGCUGCAGAAGACGGUGGAGUACAUCACCAAGCUGCAGCAGGAGCGCGGCCAGAUGCAGGAGGAGGCGCGGCGGCUGCGGGACGAGGUCGAGGCCCUCAACGCCACCAUCAUCUCCUGCCAGCAGCUGCUGCCGGCCACAGGGGUCCCCGUCGCCCGGCGCCAGUGCGACCACAUGACAGGCAUGUUCGACGAGUACGUGAAGAGCCGGACCCUGCAGAACUGGAAGUUCUGGAUUUUCAGCAUCAUCAUCAAGCCGCUGUUUGAGUCCUUCAAGGGGGCGGUGUCCACCAGCAGCCUGGAGGAGCUGCAGCGGACCGUGCUGUCCUGGCUGGACCAGCACUGCGCCCUGCCCGUCCUCAGGCCGACCGUGCUGAGCACCCUGCGCCACCUGAGCACCACCACCUCCAUCCUGACGGACCCGUCCCAGCUGCCCGAGCAGGCCGCGCAGGCCGUCACCAGGAUCGGCCAGAGGCCCGGGGAGUCUUAGCCGCGCUGGGGCGGUGCGUGCGCACAGGACGCCGCGGAGACCUCCCUGCCUAUGGAGCGGAGGCUGACCCCGCGCCUCUCGGGAUGCACAGCCUCGGGGCUGCCCUCCAACGCCGCCGGCCCAGCCGGCCGCAGGCGGCACGCUCAGGUCUGAAGCAGGUUCGGGUCCUGCCGGCAGCAGUAGCCCGUCCUCCGAGCCCCGUGCUGUAAUCUGCCCCUCGGCGACCUCGGUCAACAGCCUCCCCUGCCCGCGGGGCGGCCGGACGGAGGAGGCCGCCGCGGUUCCAGCCCCGCCCCGCCGGGCCACGCCCACCGCUGGAGUUGGAGAACCCCAGGCCCUUCCGGGUCUGCCCGGUCCUGGGCCGGUCUGCUCGCAGUGACACUGCCCGGCUCCGCGCCGCCCCCCGGCGGCUGGAAGGCCUCUCCCCCUUUCUCCAACUCCGACCUUGUGACGGACUUGGACAGCAGCUGGGCUUGCGCCCCGCCAGCUGCCACGAGACCCUCAGGGCUCCCGCGUGCGAGGGCGGAGGGUGCGCGAGGGCACGUGGGCGAGAAGGGAGCGCACACGGAGCGGAGCUGCCGCGGCCCCGGCCGGAAACCUCCCGGGCACCCCGUCUGCUCUGGUUCGGCCUCCCAGGCGCCAGCCCACGGCGGGGCCCCGCCGCCCUGCCCUCUGCCGAGCCAGCAGCGCCGGACGCGCACGCGGGCCCUUCGGGUGCGGCGUUCGGAGGACGGGCCCCGCGGUGCUGCCGCCGGCCGCUCGCCCUUCAGCGCCCGCUCACCCGCCAGCCCCGCACCGGUUCUUGGACCAAAGACCACCCCGUCCUGUGUUCGCAGGAAGACGCUGAGUGUCCACGGGCGGAGCUCCGAGGGGGCCGGCCUCCGCUGUCCCUCGGCAUCGCCCGGUCAGACAGGAAUGCACUGGGCUCAGAGUUGAGCAGGCAGAGGACACCUGGGGCGCCAGGGUGUCCGGUGCGGGGACCGCAGCGGGUGGGCGGAGGGAGACACAGCACGGGGGUUCUCCGGCAGGUCCUCCCGGUCGUGCGGGAGGAGCCGCGGGGGAAGGGCGCUCCCACACUCAGGAAGCCCGGCUCGCCUCCCUGUGAAGGACGUGCUUUGUUGUCCUGCUGUGAAGCUGAGAGAGCCGGCUGGCCCUCCUCGACCCCCGCAGCCAGAGGAGGGGACUGUGGUGCCCGGUGGGCUUCCAGGGGCCUGGGAGCCGUGUGAGGGGGACCACAGCUACCUCCUCAAGUUCCAGUGCGUUUGGAGGCCCCCCUGGUUCCUGGAGGCCCACAGACGGUGCUCGGGGAACCGCCUGGCCACCCUAGCCAUGGGGGUCCUCUCCCGGCUGCCGUCCAUGCUGCCACCUCGGCCGAGGGCCACCGCCCGUCACCUGUCCCGGCCUGUGCCCCGAGCUCACACGGGAGCCGCACGCGGCACCCCUCGCCUCCCCAGAAAUCGUGUUUACAGGCCUUCCCGGCAGGCUGGGCUGGGCUUUCACGGCCCCUGGGAUGCGGCAGGAGAGCCGUCGCUGCCCCCAGGGUCACGCGAAGUCCCCUUCCGAAGGGGAAGACCGAGAGCCCCCCAGGGCCACA